ACCGGCGAUGUCGGCUCCGUUUUUAAUUGGCCCCAGUUCAAGAGUUCCACAAAUCCCAAAUACUCCCCGCCGCAGCAGAACACCUCAUCACCAUUCGUUGUGGGAGUCGAAUACUUUUGUUUGAUGUUUGAAUAGUUUUAAUCUUUUGGUUACGUACAUUUCUAAUUUCAGCUUUCUCUGUUACCGACGAUUACGAAGCAAGAGAGAACGUAUAGAGAAGGGGGAGACGGAGGGAGAUGAAGAUCACAGCUUUGUUGGUGCUUAAAUGCAGCUCGGAUGGAUCCGAUCCGGUUAUACUGGCUAAUGCUUCCAAUGUAAGUCACUUCGGUUACUUCCAACGCUCCAGCGUCAAGGAGUUCAUCGUCUUUGUGGGUCGUACGGUUGCCAAACGCACCCCUCAGGGCCAACGCCAAUCCGUCCAGCACGAGGAGUAUAAGGUGCAUUCGUACAACAGAAAUGGCCUUUGUGCGUUGGGAUUUAUGGAUGAUCACUACCCUGUUCGAAGUGCAUUUUCUCUUCUUAAUCAGGUGCUGGAUGAAUAUACUAAAAGUUUUGGUGAGUCAUGGAGAAGUGUUCAAGCAGACAGUACCCAACCAUGGCCAUAUUUGAACGAUGCCCUGACAAAAUUCCAGGACCCAGCAGAGGCUGAUAAGUUGUUAAAAAUCCAGAGAGAACUGGAUGAAACAAAAAUCAUCCUUCAUAAAACUAUCGAUAGUGUCCUUGCAAGAGGGGAAAGGUUGGACAGUUUAGUUGAUAAGAGUUCUGAUCUGAGCGCAGCAUCCCAGAUGUUCUACAAGCAGGCCAAAAAAACCAACCAGUGUUGUACCAUAUUGUAAAGUUUUCAAGGGUAACGUUAUCCUGUAAUGGCAUUCCCCUACCUGAGCUGAUGUUGAGGCUGUUUCAUGAGGAGAAAAUUGCUUCAUAUGUCUAUAUCUCUCCAUUGAUUGCAUAGUGAAAUUGUGUGGAUUCUCCCUCUAUAUUCUGCAUAGCGAAAGGAAACUCAUUAGUGGAUAGAAGUCUUGUAUUGGUUGAAAUAUGCCUUCACCCCUUUGGUGAUAAAUUAUCAUUAGCAAUAAUAUUGUCUGUAAUUCUUCCUACAAGCUUUAGUUUAAAAAUACAUGAUAUAUCUUGCUACCCAUUCCAUGUUACUCAACAUAUCUCAGCCUGUGGGUUCUCAUAUUUUUAGAUAGAUUUGAUGUAUAAAUUUAAGUACAUUAAGUUGAUUAAACAUCCUGCUUUUCCCCCUGAA